UAAAUGGAGGUAUGAAAACAGAGUGAUACAGACAACAAGUUACAGAAAGAGAAAAGAUGGCAGGACAGUGGAUGAUGAUCUUGAUUGGUGUUUCACUGUGGAUGACUUGCUCAGCAGCUCCAACCGAAUGCCACUUCAACUCUCAAGCUCUGUGUGAGUAUGAGGGAAGGCACUACUUGUUGGGUCAGAGCUGGAUGGAGAAGGGGUGCAUUCAGUGCACCUGUCUGCACCCUUUUGGAGUGGGCUGCUGUGAAACUGUGCAGCAGCCAGUGGACUUCCCACCUUGGUGCCAGGUGCGAGUUGAAUCUGUAACCUGUAAGGUGAGCUUGGUCCUGACCUCUGAUCCACGUCUGCCCUGCAUUCCAGGAGAAGGGAACAAUGUGGACCCCAGUCAUGGAGACAUGAACAUGAAACUAGCAGGUUAACAAGACAACAAAGCAGUUGAUCCAUCUGUUAAGCCUGCACUAUGCCUGUCUGCCUGAGCUGUCAUUGUGCUUUACCUGUAGGAUCUGUAAUGAUACAAUAACUAGUAAUAGCCUUUUAUCACUCUGAAAGUUAGAUAAAGUGCUGCUCUUGUCCAGGGGUCAUUUCCAUCCCCUGCUUUAAUAAACUCUACUGGUUUUAUAUCUUGCCUCACUAUGCAAUGAUGAAAGAACCCUGCCCAGAUUUGGUAAUAAAUGCAGAAGUCUGCUAGUGUUGGUACAGCCUUAGUAUUCACUAUGAAGUUGAAACAAAUAUUAAUCCCUAAUCCGCAUUUAUAGCCUAAAAAAACUUCUUCUUAAACAUCAUGUGCUCUAUUCUACUCAAAUAGCAUGGUCAUGAUAUGUUAAAUAUUACCUAAUGCACUAUUGUAAAUAUCCAGCUUUGCACACUCAAUCAUAUAUUACAGUUUUAUUUUGAG